CGUUGUCCGAACAUUGGUUGGGGGGUCUCAUUUGCCACAGUACUGUGGAACUCUUCCCGUUUCGUUAUUCAAGCGCGCGUGGAGUCGGCAAUUAAUCAUGAGUCGUUUUACCACCCUUCGAGAGCUUAGAACCACCAAACACCCGUACAGACCCGUACAUCCUCAUACAUUUUAAGCGGAUAUCGACUUGACCAACUGCUUCAAAUACUCUCACCCCGAGCAGCAUCUAAUGGGCAGCAGGACGUACUACAAAGCAGAAAUCGUCGAAGCCUUGAUCCCGAAGAAAGGCUCCAGCCUGAGCAAAUCCUCUGAUGUAUAUGUCAAAAUCCAUUUAGAAGGGCUGCCACCGCAGAAGACUAAAGUGCUUGAAGAACUUGAUGGCAAGGUUGUAUGGAAUGAACACUUCAUGUUACCCAUGGAUACGGAAACACAACUGGAGAUCAAGCAGAUAAAACGCAACCUAUUGUUCAAACAUGGCUCCCGUUCUCUCGGCAAGGUCAGAUUAGAUGUGGCAGCAAUACUCAGACAGCCUGUCGUUGCGGCGUCGCAGGACGUUCGGCUGGAUUUCCCUUCAGACGAAGCACCGCACCAUGAUGCCUCACAGCGAGGUUACAUGUUGGUCCGUCUACACAAACCUGAAGAGCCUGUGCAACUUUCUCGUUCCUCUGUGGCAAAAUCUUUUUCUGUACUCAUUUCGCAGCUAGACACGCUUGUCCAGAUUGUGGGCGUAGCAUCGCAGAUCCAUCCAUUCGUGAACCUGGCAUGGCAGGUUGUAUCAUCACUUUACACGAUCGCUAGAAACCAACUGGACCGGGACGGAAGAAUUGCAGAUUUAACGAAUAUGAUGGAGGACGUGUAUACCUUUGUUGAUGAUGUGAAAAGUUUCCCGAGUCGGUUAUCAUCUCUAGAGGACACCAUUAAGAAGAUUAUAUUCCAAACCAUAGAAUGUAUGCUGUUCAUUCGGGAGUACUCUGGCCAUGGAUUUUGCGGACGUGCGCUCAAUAGACAGUGGGCAGACGACCAAAUCGCACGCUUCACGCAAACAUUCACAAUGUUGAAGGGGUCUAUGAACCAAGGGGUUGGGGUCCAGGUUGCUCUUACUGCUCACCACAUAUACGAACAUGUGCAGUCGAUAGAUCAGACACAAAUUCUUGCCAAGCUUCAUCCAGUAGAUAUGGAUGACCCAUCCCGCCCGACGUGCUUGCCCCACACUCGCAGCGACUUGCUCUCCAGUGUUUUCUCUUGGGCAAUGAAUCCUUCCAGCAAUCAAAACGUGCUUUGGCUCCAUGGCCCUGCUGGCUCCGGAAAGAGCACCCUUGCCACAACGAUCGCCAACAUUACGCGAGACCUUGGUCGUCUCGGCGCAUUUGUAUUUUUCAACCGCCACAUGGCGGCAAGGAAUGAUUCAGCGGCCGUUGUACGAACUCUUGCCUUCCAACUUGGGGAAUUUGACCAUCGACUGAGAGCGGCCAUCUCGACUGUGAUCAAAAACAUUCCAAGCAUCAGACAAUCCCCUCUACGACAACAGUUUCAUAAACUACUGGUGCAACCACUGUCCGAAUCCGAAAUGGCAGUUUGGAGCCAAGAAGGCCCAGUGAUUGUUGUUAUCGAUGCAUUAGAUGAGUGCGGACACGUCGGGAAACGGGAAGACCUGCUUAGCAUCCUGGCGCUAGAGAGCGUCAAGUUGCCGCCAACAUUACGCAUCGUUGUAACAAGCCGAACAGAGUUGGAUAUCCAGGAAGCAUUGGAAGCACGGAAGAAUAUCUGCAGCAUUCCAAUUGACAUCAACUCACCUGCCAAUGAUAAGGACAUUCACUCGUAUCUACACGAUCGUCUGGAGAUCAUCCGUUCCAAAAACAGUUAUCUAUCACUCCCACAGGAUUGGCCUGGGCAUAACGCAAUUGAUGCUCUGGCAGCUCGAGCGUGCGGACUCUUUAUAUGGGCAUUUACUGCCUGUCGCUACUUGGAAAUUGGUCAAGAUCCAAGAGACAGGUUAGCGGACCUGCUUCGCACUGACGUUUGCCCGAACGCCGAAUCAGCCCUGGAUCUUGUAUACUCCACCGCCCUGGAAUCUGUUGAAAAAUGGGAAGAUCCAGCGUUUUCUGUUGACUUUCGCGACAUUCUCGGCGUGGUGAUAGCCGCCAAAAACCCUUUGACGGCAUCGACUAUCGACUAUCUCAACAAGGCUGGCCCAGUCCCAAGAACGCGACCAAGCCCUCACACUAUUCGACAUCUUAAUUGUGUUUUCCGGGGAACAACCAGCGAGCCAAUCCACGUCAUUCAUCCCUCGUUCGAGGAUUUUUUAACAGAUCGAGCUCGCUGCAAAAGGGAUGAAUGGUUCAUUGAUGUACCUCUAUCCCGCCAGAGACUUGCCCGCCAGUGCAUCGGCUCCCUUCGUGCGAUUUUGAAACGAAAUAUGUGCGACUUGACUCUCACGACAAGUGGGGUCGAUGUUCAGAUUCUACCGGAGGGUGUUACCUACCCCUGCAUCUUCUGGAUCGAACACGUCUGCGAGUUAGAGGGAAGCGCGGAAUCGCUCUCUAUGGAGGUUUAUGAUUUUCUUGCGAAGCAUCUGCUUCACUGGAUCGAGAUGAUGAGUUUGUUGAAGAAGGCCAGACAGACCAUCAACUUACUCAUGCGACUGGAAGAUUGGAGCCGAUCAACUCAGGGUCACCGUCAAGAACUUUGCGACCUUCUGGCAGACGCAGUGCGCUUUUGUCAAGCCUUCACCACAGUCAUCGAACAGCACCCACUUCUCGUAUACAGCAGUGCGCUGCCGUUUGCUCCAAUCAACUCUAUUCUAUAUCAGUUGUUCAAAGACGAGCUGUCAAUACCAGUCAUAGCUGGAGGCUUUCGCGAUGAAUGGUCCCCCUUGCUCAUGGACAUUCCCGGACGAGGUGGAGAAGUCACAUCACUCUCACUUUCAUCCGAUGGGUCCCAGUUGAUCUCAACGGUCGCCCGCGGGUGCUAUGUGUGGAAUGCUAUAUCGGGCGAGCUACUGAUCCAAGGGCCGAAAGGUGAUGUGGUGAUGACGGUUCUCGCUCCUGGUGGUCAACUAGCUGCGUCAUGUCUUUUCGGCGGUUCGAUAAUCCUCUGGGACACUUUCUCUGGUAAAAUUAUAGGUCAGCCACUCAAACAUGAUGAAGGAGCUAUAUUCGCCCUUGCAUUCUCCCCUGAUGGGACCCGGUUGAUCUCUGGCGGACGCAAUUGCAUUAUCGUCAUGUGGGAUGUACAGGCAGAAUCAAUUAUCCUGGACACCCCUGCGGCGCACACAAAAACGAUCCUGUGUGUUGCAUUCUCACCCAAUGGUUCGCGCUAUGCUUCGGGCUCGCGUGACGGUACUAUUAAGAUUUGGGAUGCAGCAUCGGGGGGGAUGGUUAUAGGACCCCUGCGCGGUCAUUCUGGGGGUGUCUAUUCUUUAGCAUUUACCCCUGAUGGCACGAAGAUAGUAUCGGGUUCAGAUGACAAAAAUAUCUGUGUAUUCGAUAUUCAGGCCUGUUCUUCUUUGAAUGGGUCUCGGGAGGCGCAUAUGUCAUUCAAGCUUCGCGGUCAUCGCAGCACCGUGUUUUCUGUUGCCAUCUCUCCUGACGGGCGGCUCAUCGCCUCCGCAUCACGUGAUACUUCUGUACGCCUCUGGAGUCUGGAGUCGAGGGAAGAGUUAAGCCACCUCAUUCGCCAGCACAAAGAGUCUGUGCGUUGCGUAGCAUUUUUGCAGCAGUAUGGGCGUCUCCGUCUGGUAACAGGCAGCGCGAAGGAUGCUACUGUCCGCAUCUGGGAUGUCGAGUCAGUUGGAAGUAUGGGGGUGGCUCGGAAGCACAGGGGCCUCGUUUCGCAUCUUGCGUUCUCACAAGAUGGCCAACGCAUUGUUUCGGGGUCGCUUGAUGGUGCUGUGCGGGUCUGGGAUCCCAUAACAGGCCACUGUCUGCUGGGUCCACUAACCCUCGAGCAACCAGUACGCUCCGUUGCUCUACCCGCUGAUAAUGUUAGGAUCUUAGCGGCAGACAGUAAGGGUGCUGUCUUCGCAUGGGACGCAACAACGGGAGGACAUUUAACUGCAGUGCCGGCUGACGAUCCCAGGUAUCAUUCUAUCGUCGGACCACUGUCUCUGAAGCGAAAGUGGAUAGUAGAUUCAAGGGACGGUACGGUCCUUACGAUGCUUCCAACGAUGUCACCGGUGAAGUCUCAGGCAUCAUUCGGCGAUUGCAUGGCUCUUGGGUUGGCAAAUGGUGGAAUAGUAUUUAUAAAAUUUCCUGGUACCUCACAGCUUAUCUAGCACGCACCCAAAUACCUACGCUUGUACGCAUAUAACCAUUGAGAUAGCGUUUAGAAGCUGAUGCACUUGCAGUGC